CUCCCCCCCCCCCGCCAGCGGAGCCGCCGCAGGCCCCAUGGACGCGGAGGCGCCGGCGCCCCGGGGCGCGUAGCAGCCCCCGCCGGCGGCCGCAGCCCCCCGGAGCCAUGUCGGGGUCCCUCAGCAAGCGCGGCGACCUGGCCAACGACAACAGCUGCCUGGGGCUGAGCCUGGCGCUGCAGGGCCCCCCCGGCGAGGUGCUGCGGGCCAAGGCCCCCCCGGGCUCCCCCCAGGGCCGCCGCAUCUAUGGGUGCACCGAGCUGCAGAGCGCCGCGGGGCUGGGCCCCCCCCCCGGCGAGGAGCCCGCCAACGCCAAGUGGGUGAAGGAGGGCCAGAACCAGCUGCGCAAGGCGGCCGAGCGGGACCAGAACCGCAACGAGCUGGGCCCCCCGCCCGAGGAGCUGGAGGUGUCGGCCCGCAACGCCCGCAACGCCGGCGGCAGCCUGCUCAUCGAGCUGCGCGGCGACGAGGAGGAGGAGGAGGACGAGGAGGGGGACGGGGACGGGGACUCCACGCCGGUGCAGAGCGACCCCGUCACGGCCGAGUCGGAGCAGAGCUCGGAGCGCGCGCCCCGCGAGCACGGCAAGAGCGCCAGCCUGCUCUUCGGCGUGCGCAGCGGCACCGCCAGCGACGAGGACUCCAGCUGGGCCACGCUCAGCCAGGGCAGCCCGGCCGGCAGCUCCCCCGACGACGCAGACUCAUUUUGGACCCGAAACUCCUUCGAGACGGACUCGGACCUGCCUGCGGGAUGGAUGCGGGUGCAGGAUACCUCGGGCACCUACUACUGGCACAUCCCCACGGGCACCACGCAGUGGGAGCCGCCCUCGGGGCUGGCCAGGGGCUCGGCCCACAGCUCCCAGGGCAACACCCCCUCGGAGGAGCAGCCGCUCGCCUGGACCGGCUUCGCCCCGGUUGAGCGCUUUGGCGAUGGGGAUUUCUGGAAGGACACCACAGCGGAGGAGGCGACCGGAGAGCCUGGAGCGCAGGACGUGGAGCCGCCGGCACCGGGACUGGCCUCGCCGGGCGUCAGCAUGGCCCAGGCCGAAGAGGACAAGCCGGGCUCUAAGUGCUUCGCGGUGCGCUCGCUGGGCUGGGUGGAGAUGAGCGAGGAAGAGCUGGCCCCGGGCAAGAGCAGCAUCGCCGUGAACAACUGCAUCCGCCAGCUGUCCCUGCACCAGCACGGCCCGCCGGGCACCUGGGCAGAGGGCCGGGCCAUGCUGCUGCUCCUGGAGAGCCGGACGCUGAAGCUGGUGGACCCGCAGGACCAGGCGCUGCUGCACGCGCAGCCCGUGGCCAGCAUCCGCGUCUGGGGCGUGGGGCGCGACAGCGGCAGGGACUUCGCCUACGUGGCCCGGGACCAGCUGACGCAGAUGCUCAAGUGCCACGUCUUCCGCUGCGAGAGCCCCGCCAAGAACAUUGCUACCAGCCUGCACGAGGUCUGCUCCCAGAUCAUGGUGGAGCGGCGAAGCGCACGGGCACUGGCCAACGGCCUCUCCGUGGACUCUUCCAAGAUGGUGGAGAUCCCCUUCCAGGUGGAGUUCCCCGCGCCCAAGAGCGAGGUGGUGCAGAAGUUCCAGGUGUGUUACCUGGGCUGCGUGCCCGUCGCCAAGCCCGUGGGCAUGGACGUCAUCAACGCGGCGCUGGAGGCGGCGCUGGCGACCGGCGGCCGGGAGCACUGGACCCCCAUCGUGGUCAACGUGGCGCCCGCCACGCUCACCAUCACCCACGAGCAGACGGAGGCGGUGCUGUGCGAGUGCCGCGUGCGGUUCCUGUCGUUCAUGGGCGUGGGCCGCGACGUGCGCUCCUUCGCCUUCAUCAUGGCCAGCGCCCCGGGCGCCUUCCGCUGCCACAUGGUGUGGUGCGAGCCCAACGCGGCGGGGCUCAGCGAGGCGCUGCAGGCCGCCUGCAUGCUGCGCUAUCAGAAGUGCUUGGACGCCCGGCCCCAGGUCUCCAGCUCCUGCCUGCCGGCGCCGCCCGCCGACUCGGUGGCCCGCCGGGUGGGCUCCACCGUCCGCAAGGGCGUGCAGACCCUCCUGGGCAGCCUGAAGGCCAAGCGCCUCGGCGCGCAGACACCGUGAGCCGGGCCGAAGGGAGCGACCGAGACCCCUUCCCCGCCCUCCCGCGGCCCCGGCGCCGUGCCGCCGCAGGUGCCGGCGUCACGGGAGCGUGGCCGCGUCCACGGCGCGCGCGUGCGUGCGAGUGUCCCCGCGCGCCGGGCGGGCAGCGCGCCGCCGCGGCUGCGUCCCGUCCCGUCCCGUCCCGCGUGUGGAUACCCGUGCGUGCGGCGUGCCAGGCACCCGCAGGCUGUGUGCAUGCGAGCGCGAGGGGCGCGCGAGGCGCAGGGGGUGCGCGCCGAGAUCGGCGGCCCAGGCGCAGCCGUGUCCCCUCUGGCCGGGCGGGAAGGGGCCCGGGGGGGGCCUGGCUGGGGGCGCCUGUCCCCGCGGUGCCGGGGGGGCCCUGUGCCACCCCCAGGGGCAGCGACAGGCGCCUGCGUGGCUGGCGGCGCGGGCCAGCCCUGCCCGAUGCAUGUGAUCUAACCUGCAGCGUGGGGCUCGCCCGCGUCCCGGCACCGCCUGCCUGGCCCCGGCGCUGCCGCCUCGGCUGUAACAGAGAUCUGUGUUGUACUAAACCAUUAAUAAACCCAUUCCACCAGCCCA